AUGGCAGCAAAGGCCAAUGUGUACGCUACGCCGCCAGAGGUCGAUUUCGCGGCUGAGGUUGGAUCUAUGUCAAGGACCGGUGUGGACGGGUUCGGCCAGGAUCAGCUAUAUGUUCCAUAUGAUGCUUUGGUCGCGUUUUGGACCCCUCAGAGAAUCAGCGAGGUCGUCGAUGCCUACAAUUUGCAAACGCCACGGCAAAUCAUCAAGGACAAGUACUUGCGGAUAUUUUCCAUACUUGUAUACGGUAAUUGUGUUCAAUACUUUCCAGAUCUCGUUAGCCGGCUUAUUUAUGAUGGCCACUUACCGCUCUCUCAUCGCCCUGCCACUUGGCCGGACGCCGACCCUUUCCAAGACAUGCUUGACUCUUUCUUGUCCAAUCAAUGGCGCUUCUGCCCCCUAAUAUUCAAACCCAGUCGAUUGAAUGGCCAUGAAUUACAUUCUCAGCAGAUAUUUCCUCUUCUUCAGAAGACUUGUCUAGCGGGCAGCAAUGUGUUCCGGGUGGAAGUCGACGCAAGCUGUGAUAAGCUACCCCAGACCGAUCAUGGACCUCAGAGUCACACUUACGUCCUCAAGACCUACACUGGCAAAUCCGGCCGAAAGCUGUAUGACAAUGAACGCAAAGCACUCACUGUCAUCGCAAGAGGAAAUAGAAAUAAUAUCGUCAAAUUCUUCGGAUCGUUCGCACAGAACAAAACGUACAAUUUAGUGCUCGAGUUUGUCGACAGCGGCAACUUGCUUGAAUUCUUCCAAAAGACACCACCGCCUGCUUCCUCGCAAGAUGUGCACGACUUUUGGACAAGCUAUAGUGGCCUUUUUGAGGGUGUUCGCGAAAUGCACCAAGUAACAGCAUCCUACGGCCGUGAUGAUAUUUAUCGUAUAGUGCACCAGGAUAUUAGACCAGAGAAUAUCCUCCUGGGUCGAUCCGGAAAGGUUUCGAGGUACCAGUUCCAACCCAAAAUCGCCGACUUCAAGUACAGCCAUAUGAAGUCUGUUCGUUCAGAUGACCGAGACAUGUUUGGUUUGGAUCGGCUAGGCCGUCAGAGGUACGCGGCACUUGAUUUCAGUCACUAUGAGCCUGAUUUGCACCGCGGGCCGAAUAGGAUCACAGCCGAAGCCGACAUUUUUUCUCUCGGAUACAUGACAAGCGAUGCAGCUGCGUGGGUCCUCUUUGGCCAAAAUGGCAGAACGGCGUACCAUCAGAAACGCUUAUUGGAGGCUGCUACUAUCCAAGGCUUCAAAGGCAGCGGCUACGGCGGCUGCUUCCAUGAUGGAAUUGAAAUGCUCAACGCGGUUAAAAACAUGCAUAGGGAAAUCAAGGGCCAUGAACCGCGUGACCAGCUCACAUCGAGCAUCAUCGAUGUUGUUGAAACCCACAUGCUAUCGUCACAGCCGCAUUUACGCAUGCCAGCCGCGCAGCUAAAGUACAUCUUUGAGGAGAUCCUCAAUGGACGUAUACCAGCAUUUCCCUUCGAAGAAUUCUUUAGAGGUUCCUUAAAAGUUGCUCCUGCCCAGUCCCUGAGGCAACGCAAGAUCGCUGCAGAAGAUUCAGUCAAAACCUCAAGCCCGUCAUCCGUACAAGGAUUUGACAAGAAAACCAAGAACGAUUCAGAAAAUAUUGCGGGAUCCAUGAUUUCAAUGACCUCAUCGGGGUUAACACAGUCUCAGAUGCAUUCCAGCUCAUUUCCACAAGACACUACUACGGCUCCGACAAGCACCGGGCCACAAUUAUCCUCAUUGAAUGAAGAAGAUCGAAUGUCAUCUGAUGAUCUAUAUUCAGACGCUGGAAGUAUAGCCGGCACCGAACACACAUUCGCAAAUAUGUUCCAGAACGAACUUCUCCAAGAUUUUGAUGUUCUUGACAUGGCAGCAGAAGGAUUUGCGCCAAUGCUUUCUCAACGUCUCAAAGAAUUUGCAAUCAGAUUGGGACAUGAGGAAGCGGAUAAAGAUCACCAAGAUAUGAAGUACAUUGUGCAUAAGUAUCAUCAGAGGCUUGCCAACGAAAUCUGCCAAAGACGAGACGACCCAGAAAAGUAUUCUCAAAGCGAUAAGAUAUCAUCUCAAGGGACAGAAAUUUCGUCCAGUAGAGGCGAUCCUACAUUUUCUGCAUUCUACCUGGAUGAGGGGAACAUAAGAAAAUGGAAUGCAGAAAGAACAAUUGAAACCAUGGCAGACCUUCCCGAAGAGAUUCCAGCUGAGGAACCAGACUUUCUGGAGGACAGAAUUUCACGUGGCCAUAUGGCCCUACGCGCUUCAGAGGCCUACAAGUGGCUCGUAUCCACAAUUCGACGGCAGGUCACGAUGGCAGACGUGCAGGCUAUCCAAAUGGAAAGUCAUAGAAAAUGGCUUCUUACACUUCUGAGCACACCACAAUCAACAAAUCAGAUUCCUAGACCAUCAAAGGUCCAACGACGCAGACAGCCGCCGAUUUACACGGUAAAAAUGCGACUCAAUUGGGACAUCAUGAGAUUUAUUGGCUACCAAGAGUACGCGGAGCAAGAUCUCAAUUCUGUCGUGAGUCGAACUAUUACUCUGUCAGGAGACGGCCUUCAUGUUCAGGCGCUACCCUGCCAAGAGUACUUGGAACAAUGUUGGCCUUCUAUAGGCCCUGAUAUCUGUAAGCUUAUGGAUGAGUUGGUACAUGACCCCAAAGGGAGUCAUCAUCACAUUUUGCCCGACAAGACGGAGAUCUCAGUGGAAAUCGACGGAGAGGCUGUCUUGGUAGAAUCGACCGGAACAGAGUACGGCUUAGCUGAAGUCACUGAACAACUUUUAUGGCUAUCUGCUGCUCUACAGCAACCGACUGAUGAGCUUUAUACAAAACUUAUCGUCGCUGAGCCCACAGGAGUGUUCAUUCCUACCAAAGAAUCGAAGAGGCCAUCGAAAGCGCCUGGCUUCGCUCCUGAGCACAUUGGCACAGUAGACUGCUCGGUAAACUUCAUAAGCGAGCCGCUUGAACUGUCGCCUGAAGAUUCAAGUGGCAGCUGCUGGCAAAGUCUUUUCCAUCAUCGUAUGAUCGCAAAUGGCUAUCCAAUCCCUCCGCGCAGAUCCAAAAGACCUGGACUGGAAAUCCCACUAGACAUGAUGGCGGCUCUGGCAGGAGCUGAUCGACUCACGACUUUUGGCGAACGCUUGCUUUUAAAGGGAUUCUCGACCAUCCUAUUUCCGUCGACUCUCGAUGAUGAUUGCAUAUUCUGGCAUUUAGAACGCACAGAUGGCAACUCGCGAAUAUCAUUUGCCGACAAGCGUAUCCCCCCAACAUCGCAGACGGAGUCGUUUGCUUAUGUAGGACAGAUUAACCAAGCCCGACACAUUGUUGGAUGGGCGGCGAAUGUCAAACAAAAGAUAGGUAAGGAUAUGGAGGCAAACUACGCCGUUGGCCCAUCGCUGCUUAGUGAACGAGAGGCAAACUCUGGCUUUGUUCUCGAAAAAGUCAAUCUAUCAGCAGGAUAUUACAUCACUGUGGGUAGCACCUUCGCACGUGGGAGGAGGGAGUUUGGUCCAGUCAUCGCCAGAGAAGGAGACUUUCGUCAAGAACUCCGAGACUUGAAGGAGCGCUUCAUCAUUUUACAUGACGUUGGUACUCGGACCGCCUGGCUCUCAGAUGGUCUAAGCGUGCUGCUACACCUGAUUCGCGCAAACAUUGACAGUGGUGAAUCACUCGAUGGCCUACUGCGACAGGAGGAUCUCAAGGAGAUGGAAGGCAAAGAUGGUCGUGCAUUCGAAACGUUGAAGACAGAAAGCAACCUUUGGCUUCGGGCUCGGCGCAAAAUCAACCUCACCCCAAGGAACGAGACAGAAACCAAGGUCACAGAGACGAGCUCGUACAUCCACCUUGGAGACAUCUUGAAGGAUAUCAUGCACAUCCUUUGGCAAAUACUGGACAAUCAAGCGGACCCAAAGGAUAAAAGCCCGGGUUUCCAGCUACGAUUAUCACCUUGGAAUCAGCUAGAAGGAUAUGACUUUCGAGAUAUUGCAAGAGUGUCUCGAACGAUCAAGCCCAAGAAGAUAACUCUUAGGGAUGAUGCCGAAGGCUGGGUCAGCCUGACUCGCGCUAUUGAUGCCCCGACUCUUUUCGGCAGAGAUUUCGGUAGUUUAUUGGAGCCAACGGAGAUAUCUUCCAAUGGUAUCUGUGUUCAUUGUCAUUGGAAUUGUCCGGUACCCGAAGAUCGUGAUAUCUUGGCCGUUCUAGGGUCUGAUAUCGAAUGGGUUACUGGCAGCCGCGGCAACAAGGUGAAUGGUCAGUGGCGCAUCCUCAAUGACCUGUACCUGGAUGGAGUACAGACAUUUCACUCUAGAUGCCCAUAUGCAAAUCAGCAAGGGGAUCGUAUCAUAAAAUGUCAGCAGCGAAUUCUGCAAGUGAAACAAGGAGAUGGCCCUGAAGAGAUGCAGAAACGCAAAGGGGAACAGCAGAAACGACGGUUGUGGUCACGAUGGAAGUCAAAGGUUCCGCACCCAGAAAUGCCAGGAAACUUAGAGGAUCUGCCCGACCUUAACGGAAGAGGACUCAUCAUUGGAAUGCCAAAUAAGCGCCUGCAGAAGAACCGGCGGCUGGACAGCUCUUCGAGGACCAUUGCCAGAGCCAUUUCUGAAUCAAGGACCUCCAUGCCCUCUGAUAAAUCUUGCGUCUCAUUCCACUCAAAGUCAGCCUGUUGA